CACACAUUCUGCAUGACUUAGCUCACCCAAGUAUUCUGCUGCAAUCAUGCAUUCACAAAGUAGACUUCCAAGACGCCUGCUGAGCUGUUCGCUUCAUACACUCCGACAGCUCUUGAAAGAAGCGCCUGCUCCAGGCUCAAUUACCCACAUUCAAGGAUGGGUGCUUAGUGUCCAGCAUCUCAAAAACAAGUCCUUUGCGAUGAUUAGUGAUGGAUCCACUCAUGAACGAGUCCAGGCUGUUCUCACUCCUGCUCAGGCUGCUGGGUUGAGCUAUAGGACCAGUGUCAGUCUGCGCGGUAAGCUCGUUUUGCCAAGAAGAGCAGAAGCGGCUAUACAAAAGUAUGAUCUCGAGGUAGAAUCACUAGAGCUACUCGGAUCUUCUCCAAAGGACAUUCCACUACAAAACAAGUACAAUUCCGCAGAAUAUCUUCGGCAGCAUGCUCAUUUCCGGCCACAGACACAAGUUUCUGCUUCCAUCCUCCGUCUCCAGAGCAAAGUACUACAAAGCGUGACUGACUACUUCUCUUCGCAAGACUACAUUCAAACACUUCCACCAGUCUUGACUUCGUCAGAUUGUGAGGGCGCAGGUGAAACAUUUCAAAUACAGCAAGGCAAGGCCUUCUUUGGUAAACCCACAAGUCUCGCCGUCUCCAGUCAACUUCAUCUCGAAUGCCUUGCCAUGGGUCUCGGACGGGUCUGGACCCUUGCUCCGACCUUUCGAGCAGAGAAAUCAACAACAUCACGUCAUCUUGCCGAGUUUCGGAUGUUGGAAGCUGAGCUUUCCUUUUGCGAGUUGCCGGAUCUCUUGACCGUGGUAGAGGGUAUCAUUAGAGCUGCUGCAAAGUCUCAUGUGGAUGGCAAGCUAGCUGCAGCACUCUCGUUGUCCACAUCCAGAAAUCCAUGGCCCCGGAUCCGGUAUGAAGAAGCAAUCAUCAUCCUGCAAGAUGCCGUGAAUGCUGGCAAGGCAACGUUUACACAUUCAACAUGUAUGGGGAGUGCGUUACAAACUGAACAUGAGCAGUACCUUGCCAAGCACUUUGGCGGACCACUCUUUGUCACCCACUAUCCCAUGAAGCAGAAGCCGUUCUACAUGCAGAAAGAAGGAGAUUCGGCAGUCUGCUUCGACCUCCUCGUUCCGGGCAUGGGUGAGUUGUGCGGUGGUUCAAUGAGAGAACAUAAUCACCACGCAUUGCUCUCAAGUAUGCGGCAACAAGGUAUCAGUAUCGAUGAGAUGGCAUGGUACGCAGAUCUUCGCAAAUAUGGCACCGUCCCUCACGGUGGUUUUGGGAUCGGCUUUGAGAGGCUAGUCGGAUACUUGAUUGGCGUCACGAAUGUCAGGGAGGUAGCAGCAUUUCCACGAUGGCUC